GUUCUGCUCAUAGUCUCAGAAACCUCGGGAAGGUUCCGUGUGCUCAUGAGGACUAUGGUUGUGGUUGCUGGUGUUGGGUGUGGGAUUUAGCGCGCAGGUGUUGGUUCUGGCUUUCAGGAUGUCUGCAGCAAUUAGGUUUCUCUUACGCAAGGAGCAUCCUUGUGCAGGACAGUCCCACGAGCAGCCUCAGAUUCCUCCAUACUGAGGAGUUUGUGCUGUGUUUCCAGCUCUCAUGCCACAGGUGGACAACCUCAACUGUUACAGCAGAGAGGACCCUCCUCCCACAGAUGCCUGGGAUCCUAGCAGGGUUCCCUAGAUCCUCAUGUGACAGAACAGGGCUGGGGCUGGGGAGAGACCUCACUUCUGAGGACCCUUCCUGUGCCAUGUGCUGAUAGCUUGUCAACUUGUAGCGUCUGCAUGCUGUGAUAGAACUGAGUCAGACCUUGGAUGAUGGCGAUAUUCCCAGUGUCCUCUGGGGCAACAGGGCCACGAAGAAGACCAUCAUCGCACGGGCCUUCUGUGGGUUGCCUUCCUUCCAGAGUGAGGUUUUGAAUGGGGACAGGCUACAUGCUGUCUGUCACGCCACCACUGAAAUGGGUCCACCUUCAGUACUGGAUUAUUAAAGUAGAUUAGUGAAUCAAAUCCCUGGGAGAAGAGGCUAUGACCUCCUGAGAGGAGGACACAGUGGGAUGCCAAGAAUGGCUAGAAAGUCAGCAAGCAUUGAAGAUUCAGCCGAGUAUACACGAGGAGCAGAACCCGGUGGCCAAGACUGCACGGAGACAGGGCCGAGACGCGCCUGUGUCUCCUCUUUCCUCUGUGACCACAGGCAGGGCCAGGAGCUAGAUCCCAGAAACCAGGACAGGUAUGUGGGGCCAGGGGCCAGGAACAAAAGUUGGGAGUGUGGGGAGUAGGUUAGGAAUCAUGGUGUCUGCAGGGAAGGCAUACACCUUCAUGUGUGUAUCUAUCUGUAUCUUUGUCUCUCUUUGUGUCUGUCUUUUAUCUCCCUGUCUCUGUCUCUCUGUCUCUCUCUCUCUCUUUCUCUCUCUCUCUCUCUCUCUCUCUCUCUCUCUCUGUGUGUGUGUGUGUGUGUGUGUGUUGUGAAUAUAUGUAUGAGAGUACGCAUGCAUUUCAAGCACGAGCCAUCUUACCUGGGGGCUGGGGAUCCAAAUUCAGGUCCUCACAUUUACACAGCAAGCAUCUUAUUGACCAAGCCACUUCCCCAGGCACCGCCUUUCUAGAAAGCCUUUUUCUAGUCUCACGACCAGGGAUCUACAGAUUGUUUUCUGUAACUAACAGAUUGUGAACCACCUUAAGCUCGCCGGCAAUCCACUCUCGGUGACUGCAGAUGGUCACUAACGUGCAGUGGUCUACGUACAGACUUUCAGCUUCAUAGCGCGUUCGGUGAACAGCGUUAUUCAGUGCGGCACACAGCAGCAGGCAGGCUGAGGAUGGGUGAUUGAGAUGCAUGGAGCUCAUUAGCCCAGGAUCAUCUCAUUGUUCUACCACUGUUAGAAAGUCACUGACAACAGACACAGCUACACAGGCUAGAUGUGGCCAUUCCCUCCAUGCCAUUCAUUGAAGCCCUACCUGCAGUAUGAAGAGGGAAGGUGCUGACGGGGAGUUGUGGGGGUGGGAAUCAGGAUAAACAGGGCCCUGAGGAAUUGAGCCCCUUGUUGAAGUCUCUGUCUUUACAAGAAAGCAAAGGCCACCAGAGUUUGCUCUGCCUAUGACAACCCAGAACAAAGGAGGCCACGCAGCCACUGAGCCAGGAAGAAUCAACUAGCACCUGAUCUUAGCCUUGUAGCCUCCAGACCUAUGAGAAGGAAAUGUCCAUUGUAUAAGCCUCCUUGUCCCCAAUAUGUUGUGAUGACAGACCAAGCUGAGACAAGUAAGUAUGGCUGUCACAAAAUUUCACUUAUGCACGUUUGAACUUUAUACAAUCCAUGAGUUACCAUAGAUGCACCACCACCGCCCCCCACCCCCGGUGUUCCACCCACCAUUUGGAAAUGGUCAAAGUCAGGUGGCUGUUUUGUUCUGGCCCUCAGCCAGCAGCCGUUUGCCAGCCUCACCCAGGACACCCCCACAAAGACACAGACUGGACAAGAGUCACUGCCCUGAGCACUGGGUGAUUGUCAUUUUAGAAAGAGGGUGGCCUGGGUGUUUACGUUCCAAAACCCAGCCAUACCAAGUACUGCCUGAGCAAAUAUACAAGCUCCGUAGCUGGGUUUCUGCUCUGUGUUCACCAGCAGGUCCCCUUGGGCACCAGGCACCAUCAUCUGGCCAGCCUUUAAGGUUUGGGAAGGGUUCAGUGUAUCAGCCCACACAAAGCAUGUUCCAUUGCCUCAGUCCAAAAAGAAACGGAUUAGCCUAUGGCAGACGCUUGCGGGGGAGGAUCCGAAGCCCACAGCUUUCUCUCCAGAGCAGGGUGGGGAGAGCAAUGCCAGAUGUCCUCGGAUGCAGGAAAGAAUGUCACACAGCAGAGGGACCCAAUUUGUCAUCUGUCUCGAGAGACCCGAGUGGGCCCGACAGGUGCAGGCACAGAGCAGACCAUUUGAAAUGGACACACAAAAGAACCUUUUGUCAGACUUCCUGCUGUUCAGUGGAUCGUCUGCACCGGGCCCUGCAGGGCAGGAGUUGUUGAUACCCACCAGUGUGGGGACAUGCUUAGGAAACUGCAUCCCCAGAGCUCUGUGCCAGACUGCCAGCACCUCACACUUGGAGGGUCAUGUCACAGGAGCCUGGUUCUCUUGUAUCUUCUCUGAUGUGCACCCUCACCAUGCUGGCCCAGAGAUGAGCUGUGUUCAUCUGCUAUGAUUCCCCCUCUGUGAAAAGGCACGCUGAUCUGUCUGGAUAAGUGUGGCCGGCCCCAUGUAUCCGGAAUCAACCACGGGGUCCCCAGCUCGACUCUCCCUGCGGCAGACAGGCUCCCCCGGGAUGAUCUACAGUACUCGUUAUGGGAGUCCCAAAAGACAGCUCCAGUUUUACAGGAAUCUGGGCAAAUCUGGCCUUCGGGUCUCCUGCCUGGGGCUUGGAACAUGGGUGACCUUCGGGGGCCAGAUCACGGAUGAGAUGGCAGAGCACCUAAUGACCUUGGCCUACGAUAAUGGCAUCAACCUGUUCGAUACGGCGGAGGUCUACGCUGCUGGAAAAGCUGAAGUGGUAUUAGGGAACAUCAUUAAGAAGAAGGGAUGGAGACGGUCCAGCCUUGUCAUCACCACCAAGAUCUUCUGGGGUGGAAAAGCGGAGACUGAGAGAGGCCUUUCCAGGAAGCACAUAAUUGAAGGACUGAAAGCGUCCCUGGAGCGGCUGCAGCUGGAGUACGUGGAUGUGGUUUUUGCCAACCGCCCAGACCCCAACACGCCCAUGGAAGCAGGGGACCCAUUUAGUUCCUUCAAGUCACGGACAUUCAUCAUUGAAGAGACCGUGCGGGCCAUGACCCAUGUCAUCAACCAGGGGAUGGCCAUGUACUGGGGCACAUCACGCUGGAGCUCCAUGGAGAUCAUGGAGGCCUACUCGGUGGCUCGGCAGUUCAACCUGAUCCCGCCCAUCUGCGAGCAAGCGGAAUAUCACAUGUUCCAGAGGGAGAAGGUGGAGGUCCAGCUGCCAGAGCUGUUCCACAAGAUAGGAGUAGGUGCCAUGACCUGGUCCCCUCUGGCGUGCGGCAUCGUCUCAGGGAAGUAUGACAGCGGGAUCCCACCCUACUCCAGAGCCUCCCUGAAGGGCUACCAGUGGUUGAAGGACAAGAUCCUGAGUGAGGAGGGUCGCCGCCAGCAGGCCAAGCUGAAGGAACUGCAGGCCAUUGCCGAACGCCUGGGCUGCACCCUACCCCAGCUGGCCAUAGCCUGGUGCCUGAGGAAUGAGGGUGUCAGCUCCGUGCUUCUGGGUGCUUCCAAUGCAGAACAACUUAUGGAGAACAUUGGAGCAAUACAGGUCCUUCCAAAAUUGUCGUCUUCCAUCGUCCACGAGAUCGACAGCAUUCUGGGCAAUAAACCCUACAGCAAAAAGGACUAUAGAUCCUAAGUCUACUCCCCACCCCUCGUGCCCCACCCGGACAGUUCCCGGUUCCCUCCUCGUCUCUGUUCGCUCGCUUCUGCUGUUCCAAAGCCAAAUGCAGAGUGUGGUUCACAUCCAAAGGGAAAUCACUAUGCCCAGACGUGACAGGGAAUCGACCUCCAAAGUCACCGCCAGAUGCCGCCUGCCGCUUCUUCACUGGAUACUGUCCGACAACGGAUGCCAGGGGAUGGCAUCAGUUAGGGGGACAUCCAGAGGCUCCCGCCCAAGCCCACCACCUCUGCUUAUCCUUCAAGAAGAAACACUUGCCCCCAGCCAUGGCCCUUCACGGAAAUUCUAGAAGCCAUGGCCGGGUGGAGGUCUCAUCCUUAGAGCAGGAGGGGCCGCCAAGAGCCCAUCUCAAAAGAGGGGUGUGCACCCUUCUCCCAGAGUCCUGGUGGUUAGAGCAGGGCCCUCCCUCUUUCCAUGGACACCAGGUACUUUGCUCAAGGCUGGCCUGGAUCCCAUUCUUCCUAGGUCUUGACCUGCCCCACAUACCCACCGAGCCUUGGCUGACAUAGCUACCCAGCUGGCCCUUGGCCCCCACCCUCCCCCUUGCUGGCAGGGCCAGGGAUUCCAGCUGGCUUUCCCAGCAUCUUCCAACUGCUGAGCCCCACAGCAGGCAAGCUCAGCAGGCUUGGAUGGAGCCCAUCGGAGUAUGCCUCUCAAGACAGACACUCGUGGGCAAGUGUGGCAGCUGGCCCCACCGCAGGCAGGUGGCAGCAGGCUUGCAAGACCAUAUUGCUCUCACAGACCUUCCAAUACCUCUGCUGUACCGGGGCAGUGGGCUCAUGAUGUGGGCUUUGCCCAGAUGAAGCACUUAGAGCUAUGUUGCAAGCCAGGGAACUACGGGAGCAGCUCCAGUAAUAGUCUCCGUGUUUUAAGAAUAGAUCCCAGAGCUUCUCCCUGGAAAAAUGGCUAGGACCACCCAUUCCCUUCUGCGUACCCUCAUGCUGGCCUAGGGCAGGAUGGGGAGAGGAAGUAGUGGAAAGGAUAGGCAGCCCUUUAUCACUGGGAUAAAUCCUGCAUGGAUGUUGAUGCCAGGGAGCCUGCGGGAUUGGUCAGUACACACUGCCUGGAGGCCCCAUCCCAUGGUUUUGUGAUGCUCUGGGGGACAGGGUCCUACCCAGCUGCCUCCCUAGGAGACCAGCCUCCUGCCCUGCUGCACAGACCAUGGCCAGCUCCCAGGCACAAGUCCUAGAUGCUUAGCACCCUAGCUUUGCCUUCUGUAGCUGCUAUUACAAGGCUGCUCCUUGCUGCUCUUAAGGCUGGGCAGAGGUGAGGACAGGGGUGGGGGUUGGGGGGGUUUAUGGGGAGGAGACAGGAAGAAAGGCAGACAAACCCCCCCCCGAAAACCCUGAGCUCUCUAACCUUCGCUGCUCAUAGUGCUGACCCUAAGACCUCAGAAGCAGCUCUGUGUGUGGGGGGAUGGAGACCAUGGGCUCUGGUAUUUCCAUGCCUGGCUAGCAGAGCCAGCUUUCUGGACAGGGCCCUGCAGUGGCCCAGCAGGAAGUACCAGACCUGUCCACACAGCUGGCCUUGGCCCUGCUUGUUAGGUGGGCCAGGCAUGCAGGGAUGCCCACAGUGGGAGCUACUGCCUGCCUGUGAACCACACCUCAGAGCUAAGCUCCUGCUGGUGAUGUGCAAGAGACAGGAAAACAGGCUGCCGGGCUAAGGCCCAUAGGAUUUAGCCCACAGGAGCCCUAGAUGCAAAAGACAUGUUAACCAAGUGUUUCUGAGAGGUUGUCUUCCACACCCACUCUCGAAGCGUCAGGGAUUUGCUUCUUAAACUUCUGCGGAGGGGUUUGGCUUGGGAGGCCAUGUAGAGCAAGUACAGACAGCCUGUUAGUGGGAGCUUGCCCCCAGGCCCUCAAAGGGUGUAAGGCCAGCUCCUUCCUCCAUGGCCUCUCCUUCCUUUAGCCCAGCUGCCUGCAGGCCAGCCCAAGCCAGCUUCUCUUCACCUUGAAGUAGUCUGCCAGGCCUGGUGCAGGAGGAGGGCCAUGUAGAGAGAGGAUCUGGCACUCGGAGCCCAAGGUCCCAAGGCACAGCAGCGCACCUGUGUGCCUGCUCUCCUCAUGUACAUACAUAACGUGCUUUCUCUCCCCGUUUUUUGUUUGUUUUUUUUUAAACGAGCGUGGCUCCUCGCUAACUGCACCCCACCAGGCCGACAGCAAACGCCUCCAGCUUCCCGACAGACUCAGACCAAGGUGCGGCCCCGUAUUUAUGGAAUGGCAAAUAAAACCCGAGCCCUUUGGUCUCCA